CUGAGCGCAAACUCUGAACUAGGAUUAAUAAUCAACUAUCGACACAUUUAUUCAUCAUCGCAAGGAUGUCAGACGCAAAGCAAAUCAUGGCACAGAAAAGUGCUAAAAUUGCAGCUGGAGCUGUUGUGUGUGUUGAAAGCGAAAUAAGAGGAGAUGUAACCAUAGGUGCUAGAACAGUUGUCCACCCCAAAGCACGGAUCAUAGCAGAGGCGGGGCCUAUUAUCAUUGGAGAGGGUAAUCUGAUAGAGGAGCAGGCACUUAUUAUUAACAGUUAUCCGGAGAAUAUCAUGCCAGACACAGAGGGAAUGGAGCCAAAAACCAUGACAAUUGGGACCAAUAAUGUGUUUGAAGUUGGAUGUGUCUCACAAGCUUUGAAAAUUGGGGACAACAAUGUGAUUGAGUCUAAAUCUGAUCUUGGGAGAAACGUGAUCCUGACCAGUGGCUGUAUCAUCGGUGCGUGCUGCCAGGUCAACACGUGUGAGGUCGUGCCGGAGAACACGGUUGUGUACGGUUCAAACUGCAUCCGCCGUGUGCAGAGUGAAAAGCCACAGUCUCAGACUCUGCAGCUCGACUUCCUCAUGAAGAUUCUGCCCAACUAUCACCACCUGAAGAAGACGGUCAAAGGAAACAGCACACCUGUGAGGAACUAAGAUGCAGCUGGAUCCAGAGGGACUGUAGCCUAUUUCCUCCAACCCAAUCUGGCAUCUGAUGCCACACGCUGACUCAAUUCCCUCAAAUUUCACGUGUCUUUCACUUUCAUGUUGUUUUUUAAUGUCUAGUAGAAUACCUCUGCCACCGAAAAUGACCAUCACACUUUCUAUAUUUCUUCCUGCAUAUGAGGAAUGACAUUAUUCUUCAACAUGUAACAAUAUCUGGUUUUGCACUUGGUUUUAAGAUCACUAUUAACACUAUUUAUGAUAUAUCUAACAUUGCAAAUCUCCUGUGCCAUUUUUAUGUUAAUCAAUUCUACUCAUAUAUAUUUAUAAUUGUUCCAAUGAAGAUACAACAAUAUUGCAAUAAAAAAACCGAAUAAAGAUUGCAUUUAAGCUUG